AUGCGAUUGAUCAACAUCCAUACUCUGGAGUUCAAAGAGUUCUUCGGGAGAACCCGUCCAGGAUACGCUAUACUUUCCCACCGAUGGGGUGAGCGCGAGAUAUCGUAUCAGGACUGGCUGCAAUACAACGGCUAUCAUUCUCGGGAUAGCUCUUCGGAUACUUUCGUCAGUCGAGGGCCUGGGUAUCUCAAGAUCAUCGGCUUCUGUAGAUUGAUUCGGGAGGCAACCAUCCUCUGGCGACCUUUGAAUCCUGAUGACAACCUAAAGCUAAUCGAAUGGGUCUGGGUGGAUACAUGCUGUAUUGGCAAGAAGAGCAGCGCGGAGCUGUCUGAGGCCAUCAACUCAAUGUAUGCCUGGUAUAGGAAUGCUGCGAUCUGCUUCGUGCAUUUGUUUGAUUACAGCCACAUGGGCGAGGCAGACAUGGUAGAGAGCCUUGGUCGAUGCGAGUGGCUUUCCCGUGGGUGGACACUACAAGAGCUUCUUGCACCGCACUAUGUCUGCUUCUACGAUGUUUGGUGGGAACUAUUUGGUGUCAUCAGAAAAUUUGGGUUCGGCGGCUUGAUGAUGGAAGAUUACCUGGGACGCUUACGACGUGCUCCCGUCAACCUUUAUCAGAAUGUGUCGCAAAUUACCGGUAUCUCACAACAUUGGCUUCUAGGAGUGAAUAUGAGCGGUGUCUGCCUUGCAGAAAAGAUGAGCUGGGCAGCCAAGCGGGAAACCACAAGAGUCGAGGAUCAAGCCUACUGUCUGCUAGGAAUUUUCGGUAUCAAUAUGCCACUCCUUUACGGGGAAGGCCACCGAGCUUUCGGCAGACUGCAAAAGGAGAUCAUUGGACGUUCAGGGGAUAGAAGUAUCCUCCUUCAUACUUCAUGGUCAAGACUGCUGGCUGAGUCGAGCCAGCAUUUCGAAUCACAGGCGUGCGUCAUUUCGAUUAAGCAGGCUGGCCAUAUACUUCCAUAUGCUACAACAAACGUUGGGCUUGAGUUUCGAGACGACCUAUAUUACAUUCCCCUUGAUGUGGGGCUCGAGUCGUGGCGCAGGCCCCCUGAUGAACGGAAUUCGCAGCGCCUGUUGAACCUCAACGGCAGGAGAUUGGGAGUUUUACGACACUGGAAGAAGAGAUCGACUGUCGCUUGA